AUUUGUUCCUAUAGUGUAUAAACUUAAGUUUCAAAUGUCGCUUCGGCCGAAUCCAAGUUUCCGCCGAAGUGACCUCGGUCGAAGGCGAUAUCUCGGGCGAACUCUGCUUACAACGCUAAUCACAUAGAACAGGCAGAGCACCACUUUUGCUGUAAUGAAAUUGUGAACUCGCGCUGUUUCGACAACAAACACAGAUAUCAUGAUUACUACUGGUUGACGUCAUGGAUGAUUCUCUUCAUCGGAUUCUGGAGUCUACUCCGAAGACUCGGAAAGUUCGUAAAGGAACCCGGAGCUGCUGGGAAUGCAAGCGCAGAAAGGUCAGAUGCUCGUUGUCCUCAAAAGGCGACCAUGCUACGACAUGCGUCGCUUGUCGACGACGUCAAACUCCCUGUGUCAGUCAAGAAUUUUCAGAAGACUAUGCUCCCUCCUCAUCUCCCCGAGUGAUAACGACGGUGGGUGAGUCUUUACCACUGGUAAUUCCUACCGUGCACAAUGUCAGCAAUACGGAAUCGUCUGCUCUUUUAACACCAUUAUCUUCUCGUAGUUCAGUCAUUGACCAGCCUCAUCCAUCCCCAAAUGGACAUAGAUAUGCCGAAAUCUCUAGAAAGUUGCACGAUGCUCUACCUUCUUCACACGAUAUGAAGAUCAUCAGGCAAGCGGUGUCAUUGUGGCCAUUGAUUCUCUCCCAAUUGGAUACACGGCCGCGCAAUGAGCUCAUCACUGAUGACCAGCACUUAAGAAGAGAAUUCGCUGAAGUGCCUGCAAAUAAUGCACAUCCAACCAUCAUAGGAAGAUACCUGCUACUGUUAGCUAUCGUUCUACAGGAAAUUCAUGAUACUAGUGAGGAUUCCCAGAUGUCUGAGCCAAUUCAGACAAUUCAAAACCGGAUACUGGACGCCGUAAAUAGUGUUUUGAUGUCGAACGAGAGCCUGGUUGGAACUAUGGAAGGAAUUCGAUGCAUCCUUCUCGAGGGAAUGUAUCACGCGAACAACGGUAAUACCCGGCUUGCCUGGCUGCGAUUUCGCCGGGCUCUGAAUCUAAGUCAAUUGCUCGGCAUUGAUCGACCUGGUCUUCCUAGGUUGGGAGACAGUGACGAUUCGGAACAAAGUUCAAAAUCACGUUACCUUUGGUUUCGAUUAGUUUACUUUGAUACCUUCUACUCCAUGAUGCUUGGGGUGUCUCAGGGCAGUAUAGAUCUGACUACAAGGUCGGCUUAUUCAUUCACUCAUCUGGCGGGGAUAAGUCAACUUGAGCGACUUCAUGUAGAAGUUGCGGCUCGCAUCAUUGAACGAGACAAGAGGUUUUCUUUUGCGGAAGAAUUUGAAAUAACUCGCGAUAUCGACAAUCAGCUGCUUCAAGGGGCUCUGGACCUGCCAACCACAUCUUGGCUACCGUUCUCUCCAUCUGCUGGCUUAGAAGAUAAGCAGGCGGCUGAUAUUGAAUUUAAAGAAGUAAUGGGUCUGGUGGAUGUCUUACAUCACUAUACCUUACUCAACCAGCUCCAUUUACCAUACAUAUUAUGCUCAAAUCCUCGCAAUACGAGUUACGAGUACUCUAAAAUUGCUUGCACUCAUGCUAGUCGUGAAAUUCUGACACGAUUCACUCUGCUUUUAAACCUGGAGCGGGUUAAAUUUUAUUGCAAGAGAGUCGAUUAUUUUGUGUUGAUAGCAGCUACAACUCUUAUGCUUGUUUAUCUCGACUAUCAUAACUCAUCUCAGUCUGGGUCCAAGACAUCUCAGUUAAAAUCUUCUAUACUCACGCCGCACCAACGGCUCAGCGAUCGCGCCAUAAUGAAACAAGUCCUCAGGCUUUUACAGAAGUCUUCUGCUGAAGGCUUUGAGCGAUCUCUGGGGAAAGGGUUAAAUCUGCUGUUGUGCUUGCUCAGUAUUGAGGCAGAUGCAGCGACCGGGCAGGUUUAUACGAUUUCCACUGAUAUGGGGCAUGGUGACUCAAGUCCUGAUGGUUGUCAGCAACAGCAGCGGGAAACUGAGUAUUUCGAGCCUCAAAGCAGUAAUGUCGAAGACUCAGUAUCAAUCAACCUUCCAUACCUUGGUGCAAUCAAAAUUACCAGGCAGGUUACGAACCCUCCAGAAACGACGAACUUAUUACAGCCGGUAUAUUCGUCGAAUAAUAAUCAUCUUUUGAACCGAUCAGAUCGUCAUGCCCUUGCUCAAGAGACAGAGAGAAUUUCGUACAGUUCAUAUGCCCUUCAAAAUUUGGACAACGAAUCAACUACAACCACUCAGAUGGAUUGGUUCUCUUUCCAGGAUUUUGACUUGGCCUUCUUUGAUAGUCUGAUAGCAGGUGAAAACAGCUGGGCACCGACGGAGGAAUAAUCAGCUGAGUUUACCAACCCUAAAUGUUCACUGUACUUAUGUAUGAUGCUAGAUGUAUAUAUUCUUUUUAAUAUAAUUGAAAUUUAACG